CUUUGAGCCUCACAAUCCACCACCCUCAGCAGUAGCAGCAGCAUCAUCAUGUCGCCGCCCCCGCCUCAUUCACAUCCAGAAGAGGAUGAGUCAGGCCCGUCAACGUCCAAAGCACCCGUAUUCAAGAAGCGAUCGCGUCCGGCAAAGGCAGCUGCCAUUGUCAAGCCCGCAGGACCCGCCAAUGGAUCUAGUGGAGAAGCUGCCGAGCACAGUGAAGACGAUGAGGACGACGGCGACGAAGAAGUAUCCGUCGCCGACCUCAUCGCCCUGCGCAAUCUUCAACGAAAGCCCACGGGCAUCGAGCUUGAGAAGCUCAACAAGGGUUUGCGGAAGAAGAAGAAGAAGGCAAAGAAGGAGGGACCCAAGACUGAAGAGGAUCGAUGGAAGGAGCAGAUGGAAAAGGGAGGGCUAGUCAGACCAGGAUCGCUUAAAGCACCAGCAGGCAAGGACGAUGAUGACGAUGAGGAGGAGGGGGGAGCAGCGUCAGGCAACAAGGCGCGUAACCGCCUGGCUCGACAGGACAACUUUCAAGGAGAGACCAAUGCCAUUGAUGUCGACAAGCACAUGAUGGCCUACAUCGAGGAAGAGAUGCGCAAGCGCCGAGCCGCACUCGGUGAAGGCGGCGACAACGCAGGGGCCGCUGGGGACACCGCCAGCCAAGCUCGCGCCGUCCUCUCCAAUCCCGAAGACGAGCUAUACAAAGUAGCAGAGAAAUACACGCGACUCCAACAAGAAGCGCGCAAUGCUGCCCUUGCAAGCAAGCUCCUCUCCACGCGCUCUCGACCAGACGACGAAGAAGGCGAGGGAAGCGUCGGUCUCUCCAGCGCAAUGUUGUCUGGCAUUCCAGAGGUAGAGCUAGGCAUGGAUUCGCGCUUGAAGAACAUCGAAGAUACGGAAAGGGCGAAGAGGCUCAUGCGGGAGGAGAGGGCUCAGCGACCGAGACGCAAUGAUGAGGAGGGUGAGAGUAGUGAGGCUAUGCUGGCCAAGGCAAGAUUCUUCUCGCCGAGGAACCAGACGAGGAGCGAUGCGCAGGCGCUAGCGGAGGCGAGGGCUGAAGCUUCGGGCCAGCCGCCGCCUCAGGCGAGCUCCAGCGGUGGUGGUGCUGGACAGAAGAGGUCGCAUUCUGGUGGUGAUGAUAGGAGGAAUAUGGCGAGCGAUGAGUUGGUGAUGCAGCGCUUCAAGAAGCGGCAGAUGAAUCAGAUGAAGAGAUGAGGCGGGCUCGAAAGAAUGGGAAGCAAGAGAGAUGGACGGCGACACGGCGAGAAGGUGAGGUUCAUGCGCAAUGUCGCGUUCUUAGCCAGCAAGCCAGCAGCCAUUCAUCCGUGUCAUCCUUGGCUCUCUUCAAUCUUCUGUUCUCGAGCGAGACGCGCGAGUCAGUAACUCAGAGACGGUCAGCAGCUUCAGCAGGUGUCUCGAGAAUACAUGUGCAGCAUGUCAACGCACUCUGAUGAUGAAGGGCAGCAGAAAGCGGCGCCACUGAUCGUAGCACUGCGAGGGAGACUUGCUAAUUUGUGCGGCCAC